AUUAAACAAUACACCAUGAACUCAUUAUCCUACAUUCACCCAGUAACUUUGUAAAUUGUCCUCGAUCAUGGUGCAAUGGUUAAAUGGAAUUGUGUAUUUUGGACCUGCAUGACUGUACUGAGUUUGUGGAUAAUUCUUGCCUAUUUCCAUGAAUCCUAUCAGAUUGACUUCUGGACGAAAAUUCCAACAUGCGGAGAUAAGAAAAGUGGACAUCCCUUCUAUUUUGGUACAACUGAUGUGGAAUGCAUGAGAUCAAUACGCCGCCGCAAGAAGAGAGCGCUGGUCAGCUAUCCACUUCCGGAGAGGAAGUACUGGUCCCUGGUCCAUAGAUGGGUGUACUACGAUGGUUGGUACUUUGAGCUGUUUUACAGACCUCACACCAGACGCCCGGCCAAGUCUAAAUUCUGUCGUAGUUCCCGAGAGGUCGUUCCAGCUGGAUACAGUACGCUUGACAUUGACUGCCUACGAAGGUGUGCCGUGUAUUAUAAUAAACGAUUCAUUGCUCGUUAUAAAACUUUUACACAUAAUUGCCACCAUUACGCCAAUAAGAUCGCAGAGGUUUUGUGUACAUACUCCAUGUGUCCGGACUGGUGUCAGGAACUCUUCUUAGAGCCAGGAGAUUCAAGAUUAGUGACGAAAUUCGUUUUGCGAACUACGCCAUCGCCAAACUUUACACGGGAUUCGGCAUUGAUAGAUCUUUAUUAGAAUUACCUCAAGUAAUUUUGCAUUGACGUUUCGUACUAAAAAACUAAUUAAAUAAUUAUGACUAUAUCGUCAUUUAAAUGAGUGUAGCCUAAACUUAGUACUAAAAAAAUAGUGGAAAUAGUAUAUUGUAAUGAAAAUAAGAAAUCAUUAUUUUCCAAAUUUAUGUUUUUUUAGAUAUUCAAAAUAUACAACUGUUACCAUAAAGCGUAUUUUAGAAUUGGUAUAAAGGAUGAAGAAGCAGCUUUCCUAAGGAUAACACAGCAUACAGCACCUUCAGCACUCUGUGGUUAAAAGAUUUGGCAGUAUCGCUGGUU